AUGGUCGUAGUGGUCGCUCACUUGCUUGCAGGUGAGACUACGCCUAGCGUCCAUUUGCUAGCACCCAACUCUCCCCUGUGGCUACACGUAGCUGGGUUCUGCUCAGCGGCCACACCCCGGGCAACCGUCUCGACCGGCGGGCUAAACCAGGUGAGGGGGCCCUGUGCGCUGUGCCGUGUGCACAUGGUUUGCGGAUUCCGCUGGAUGGAAGGUCGGAUGGUACCUUGCGUCGGCACCGUUGUGACGUGGUUCGUCUCUGCACGCCGCUGGACAGCUGGUGACGGGAUGGAUCUCUACAUCGAUAUCGCCUUGACGCGCCCACCUACGCCGUCGGAGACCGCGGCUUACGGCGAAUUCGAGUCGCUCUCCACUAAAACCCUAAGUCUUGGUCCCAUAGUGGAGUUCGGCCGUGCCACAACGGCACAUGGCAGCCAUAUUCAGGGAUGGCAAUGCCAGCCCCCACGAGGGGAAGGGCCUAGAAAAGGUGGCCUAAACAUUGCUGGGUACCACGCCGUCUCCAGGCUAGCCAGGGCCGCAGACGUCCAAUCAUGGUCGAAACAAUCAAAAUCGAAACAACAACAAUACCAAUAACAACAACAACCAUAUUCAUUCUCCUCAUCCUACCUCCUCCUCUGCCUAUUCUUUUGCCCAUUCUUCUCCUUCGUCACCUUCUUCUCCAUCUCCCUCCCGUCGCCCCACUCGUAGUCACCAGACUGGCAGGGUGAGUCCGCUCACUCUGGCAGCCUGGAAUGUUCGUUCCCUUUUAGACAAUCCGAGGAGCAACCGACCGGAACGGAGGACAGCGUUAGUGGCACGAGAACUGGCGCGCUACAAGGUGGACAUCGCCGCACUCAGCGAGACCCGUUUCUCCGAACAAGGCCAACUGGAAGAGGUGGGAGCCGGUUACACCUUCUUCUGGAGUGGUCGACCCAGGGCAGAGCGACGAGACGCGGGUGUCGCCUUCACUAUCCGGAACGACAUCGUAAGACGACUGCCCAGUCUGCCGCAGGGCAUCAACGAUCGCCUGAUGAGCCUCCGCCUGCCUCUCUGGGGAGGCAAAUUCGCCACCAUCAGCGCCUACGCUCCGACGAUGACCAACCCCGACGCAACCGCCACAAGAGACAAAUUCUACGAGGACCUGCACGCCCUCUUGGCGACUGUGUCGAAGACGGUCAAUGCCUGGAGCACCAACCUACACCCACCGCACUCGCCUCCACUGCCCACACUGCCCUCGCACCUUCACGCAUCGCAUAGGUCUAUUAGUCCACAUGCGCAUCCACGAGAGCGGAAUUGACCACAAUUCCGACACGCCAACCACGCCCAUCAUGCCCAGCACCACCCUCGCACCGUCCAUCUGCGCCACCACCAACGCCUCCUUUGUAGCUGAUUCUGACGCCGCCGACUUCACAUGCCCACACUGUCCACGCACAUUCACCUCACGCAUCGGCCUGGUCGGUCACUUGCGAAUCCAUCGCACAGAGACCGGAGGACCAGUGCCUGGAGCACCAACCUACACCCACCAAGCUCGUCUCAACUGCCCACACUGUCCUCGCACUUUCAGGCACCGCAUGGGCCUAUUCGGCCACAUGCGCAUCCACGACGACCUGCGGUAG